AUCUCCGUGUCUCUCCCAGACUCCCACAGCUCAGCUUCGCGUCUUUACAGUCGAACAUUUUCGAGCCUUUUUCUUUAACUUUAAAACUCAAAAAAGAGAAAAAUCCGGAGAAGUUUACGAAGAAGAAGAAGAAGAUGUCGUGGCAAUCAUAUGUAGAUGAUCUCUUGAUGUGCGAUAUUGAAGGAAACCAUCUCUCUGCCGCUGCCAUCGUCGGCCACGACGGCAGCAUUUGGGCCCAGAGCUCCAAUUUCCCUCAGUUCAAGCAAGAAGAAAUCAAUGCAAUCAUGAAUGACUUUGCUGAACCUGGAUCACUUGCUCCAACUGGAUUGUACCUUGGUGGCACAAAAUACAUGGUAAUCCAAGGUGAACAGGGAGCCGUUAUUCGAGGGAAGAAGGGACCUGGAGGUAUAACUAUUAAAAAGUCCAAUAUGGCUUUGCUUAUCGGAAUCUACGAUGAACCAAUGACUCCCGGCCAGUGCAACAUGGUUGUCGAAAGGCUUGGUGAUUAUCUCAUUGAUCAGGGGCUUUGAUCCGUGCUGGU